AUGAAGACUAGUUUCAUGCCGCUGAUUUUCCUGUGCUGCGUUGGGUAUAUUAAAACAUAUGUAAGCAAACCUUCAGCGCAGCCCUGUCCCAGCGGGCAGUUUGCGUUGAAGAAUCAGUGCGUCCUCUGUCACCCCACCUGCUCAGAAUGUGCGGGCCACGAACUCUUCGAAUGCACCUCUUGCGGAGUAGAUGAGGAGGGCCUGGAACGUUUCCUCCACCAGGGGCACUGCAGGCCCCACUGCCCACGCACCACCUACCCGGACCGCGCCCGCUACGCCUGCCUGCCCUGCAUGGUCAACUGCGAGCUGUGUGCUGAUGCCCGCAUCUGUGCCAAGUGCAGGGAGGGCUACAGGCUCUUCAGCGGGCUCUGCCAGGUGGCCCUGUGUAGAGUGGGGCAGGUGGAGGAUCCUGAGACGGGCGAGUGUGUUGACUGUGAGACGGGCUGUAAAUCAUGUUCUCCAGAUGACCCGGAGCUUUGCAACAGCUGCACCGAUGGAUACUUCCUCUAUCGGUACCAGUGCAGGAGGCACUGCCCCCAGAGGACCUAUGAGGAUGGGGUGAGGGGUGUGUGUCAGAGCUGCCCGUCCCAGUGCACUGACUGCCACAGCAGCACCCUCUGCCUGGCCUGCCAGCCUGGACACUUCCUCAACGGUUUUGACUGUGUCAAAGAGUGUCCUGACGGCACGUUCGGAGACGGCAGCGGGUGGCGCUGCCAGUCGUGUCACAGCUCCUGCCAGACGUGCCACGGCUCACACAUGAGGGACUGUGACCUGUGCCCCAGUGGCAACCUGCCCGUCUAUGGCCAGUGCCCCGUGCUUACCUGCAUGCAGGGCCAGUAUUUCGACGGGAUGGAUAGUGAAUGUCACUACUGCGAUGUGACAUGCAAGACAUGCUUUGGUCCAAAGGCUCUAGACUGCUCCUCGUGUUUGACAGGCUCUAUCCUGGACCAGGAGGGAGCGUGCGUGGAGCACUGUAUCCCAGGAUCCUUUGCUAACCCGCUGACGCAGCUCUGUGAAGAGUGCUCCCCUAACUGUGAGACGUGUGAGGGCGCCAGCGACAGGUGCGGCAGCUGCAAGAGCGGUCCUUACAAACUCUUCCUCCAUCAGGGCCGCUGCUGGUCUAACUGUCCCGAUGGCUUCUUCGAGGCAGCGGAGGAGGGCACGUGCGAUUCGUGUGAGAGGCCCUGUCGGACGUGCGACGCGUCGAGGUCACAGUGCCUCUCCUGUGCCGAGGGUCACUUCCUGGAGAGUGGCCAGUGUCGGGUCAACUGCUCCCUGGACAGGAGCUACGCCGCCUCCGACGGGACCUGCAGACGAUGCGCUCCCCACUGUGACACCUGCACAGAUGACAAGACCUGCUCCAAAUGCAGUUUCCUGUACCUGCUGCUGAAUGGUGUGUGCCAGGCCAGCUGCCCAGAGGGAUACUUUGAGGACCUGGACGAGGGCCACUGCGUCCCUUGCCAUCCCUCCUGUGCCACCUGCUCGGGCCCGCUGGCGGAUGACUGCGAGACGUGCGCCACGCCCACCCCGAAGCUGUACGAGGGCACCUGUUCAAAAGAGUGCCCAGUGGGCACGUACUAUGAAAUGUCUGCACGGGAAUGCCAAGAGUGCCACCGGACGUGUGCGCUGUGUUCGGGUCCCGAGCCCAACCAGUGUUCCCAGUGUAGCAAGGGUCUGGCCCUGGACCCCAACACCAUGAUGUGCGGCGUGACUGGCGACUCCAACUGCCCGCCCAGGACGUUUCUGCACACCAACCGAUUCACAUGCCAGGCGUGCCAUCGACAGUGCCAGUCCUGUGAGGGGGCAGGACCUGCAGACUGCCUGACCUGUGCCCUGCCCAGACAUCUGUACAAUGGCUCGUGUGUAAGCGAGUGCCCGGCGGGAACCUACCCUGCCAGUGAGGAGGCUGACGGCGAGGCGCUCGGCUUCUGCUCCUCCUGCGACCACGUCUGCUCCACCUGCACCGGGGCCUCACCCAAAGACUGCACCUCCUGCUCCCGGGGGUACCUCCGCCUGCUGCACCUCUGCGUCUCCCACUGCCCCACGGGGUUCUAUGCAGAGGGGGACAGCUGUGAGAAGUGCCACUCUUCCUGCGAGCAGUGUUCUGGGCCGGAACCCGAGUCCUGCCAGGCCUGCCCCCCACCGCUGCUGGAACUUCACGGAACUCGGCUGUGUGUGGAACGGUGCCCGCAGCGGUUCUACGAGAUGGGGCAGCGCUGCGUCCAGUGCCACACCAGCUGUCAGAGCUGCACAGAUUCCACCCCCCAGAGCUGUGUGACGUGUGACUGGGGCAGUAUCCUGCAGAAGGGUGUAUGCUAUCCCCGCUGCGAAGAGAGCCGUUACCUAUCCCAGAGUGAGGUGUGUGAGCCUUGCGACGGCUCCUGCAGACACUGCUCCAGCGCUGGUCCCCGGAGCUGCCUGACGUGCCACCCUGGCUUCGCUCUCCACGCCACGGACAGCCGCUGCGUCCGCUGCUGCUCACCGGCCCCAGAGCCCCAGCAUGAGCAGGAGGAGGAGGAGGAGGAGGAGGAGGAGGAGGAGGAGGACUGCUGUGUGUGUGAUCCUGGCACAGGUACGUGUUUGUUCCUGACGAGCCUCAUCUCUUCCAUCUUAGGCGUCUGCUAUCUGGAAGUACAGCAUCCUGUCAUUCAACAGAAGUGUGCAUAGACGUUGUUGACGGAU